AUGGCCCUGGCCAACCGCACCUCUGCCCCAGAGUUCCUCCUCCUGGGCCUGAUGGAUGGGACAGACAUCCACCCUUUGUUGUUCCUGAUCUUCCUUGGUGUCUACCUGGUCAAUGCCCUGGGCAACCUGAGCAUGGUGGUGGUGGUAAGGUCUGACGGGGCUCUCCGCUCCCCCAUGUAUUACUUCUUGGGCCACCUGAGCCUCGUGGACCUCUGCUUUACCACCGUCACGGUCCCCAGACUGCUGGCCGGCCUGCUCCACCCGGGCCAGGCCGUGUCCUUCCAGGGGUGCCUUGCCCAGAUGUACUUCUUCGGGGCUUUCGGCAUCAGCGAGAGCUACCUGCUGGCCGCCAUGUCCUACGACCGCGCAGUGGCCGUCUGCCGCCCCCUGCACUACGGCGCGGUCAUGACGCCCUGGCGGUCCGCAGCGCUGGUGCGGGCGUCCUGGGCGGUGGCCCACCUGCACUCGCUGCUGCACACGCUGCUCAUGUCCGAGCUCUCCUACCCGCGAUCCGCCCCCGUGCGCCACUUCUUCUGUGACAUGACGGUGUUGCUGAGCCUGGCGACCUCGGACACGUCUGCCGUGGAGACAGCCGUCUUCUCCGAGGGCCUGGCCGUGGUGCUGACCCCGCUGCUCCUGGUGUCCCUGUCCUACGUGGGCAUCCUCGUCGCGGUGCUGGCAGUGCGGUCUGCCGAGGGGCGGCGCCGCGCCUUCUCCACCUGCGGGGCCCACCUGGUGGUGGUGUCGCUUUUCUUCAGCUCGGUCCUCUCGGUCUAUUUCCGGCCGUCGUCUGCCUACUCUGCCCGCUACGACCGCCUGGCUAGCGUGGUCUAUGCAGUAGUCACACCGACCCUGAACCCUUUCAUCUACAGCCUUCGCAACAAAGAAGUCAAGGACGCCCUAAAAAGGGGGCUCCGAUGGAGAGCUGCACCCCAAGAGGUGUGA